UUCUUUCGGGUACCUUGAGCGCAACAUAAGCAACCGGCCGGCAAGAAACCUGAAGUUGGGGUUGUUCCGAGUGAAUGAUGGAAGGGGACCUUGGAGGGGUGCUCGGCGGUGCGGCGAUCCGCCCUCCGAGACUCGAGGACGCGGGACUGGAGGACUGCGCCCUUCCUCCCGAAUCCAUCAUGGAAGCCUUCUCCCGCGCCGCCAUCUCCCUCAGGUCCCGGAUCUCCAACGCCGCCGCAACACAAGAACAAAAAGAAGAAAAGAGCGACGACGGCGCUUGCGUCCAAGACCCCGGCCCGAGCAACGGCCAGAUCCCGGACGCCCUUCUUGGCGGUGGCACCGCCGAAGCCACCCCAUCGCAUCCCUCCUGCGGGGGCGGUGGCGGCGUCGAAGAUGAGGAGGAGCGAGGGAAAGGCGGUCGAGAUAAAGUAGUAGUUGUCGGUGGUGAUGGAGUAGGCGAUUUGGCCUCCGAUCGGCUUGUGGUUGUGGGUGGGGAGGAAACGGAGGUGGGAGGGAAGAGAUCUUGUGUUGAGGGUAUCGAGGAGGGAGUCGUUGGAGGGGAGAAGAAGAGGGAGCAUGACGAAGAACAAGAAGAAGCGGAGGAAGGGGAUGGCGAUAGACCCAUUCUGAUCGAAGCUCUCAUCUGAGACGGAGGGGGAAAAAAAACAGAGGUGAAAUGCCCUUCUCCUAUUCUCGGUUGCACCAAAUUUCAUAAAAUGUUCGUUGUACUACUGAAGGUUGUGCAGAUUUUACUAAUUAAUCUCUGAAUCUCGUGAAGUGCAUUAGGCUUUCUUUCUACAUGUUGUUGUUAAAACGUAAGGAUUGGACUGGAAUCAUUUUGUGCUUUCUAUAAAUGGCUACUCUUAACGUAUUUACCUGGGAAAGAAAAUUAGGGGUGUGUGAUUUUGAA